AUGAAGUUCAUUGAAAUUCUUUCGUUGUGUACGGCUGCGGCUGCUGCACCACUCGCUGAUGUCGACGGUAAAGCCUCAGCUACUCUAUCAUCUGUCACACCCUCUAUGAGCACUGUUCCCAACAUCCCUAUUCCGCACGGGCUGCUAGUGAAGGUAGAUGUCAUUGCCAAAGCCGAGAAGAUCAUAUCAGAGGCUCACACUCUGGGCCACACGAAAGGCCAUGAAGGCGUUUCAGCACCCCACGGCAAGAGUGUAUGGGUUGACAUUGACGCCGAAAUCAAGGCCAUCAUCAACAUUCUGGACAAGACUGGAGAAAACAGCAAGCAGAAUGGCGAGUUGCUCAAGGAUGAGCAACAUCGUAUCUCCGUCGUUGUUGCCAAAUUGAACGAGAAGCUUGACCUUGAGCAUCAGCUUAAAUCUCUUCACGCCGGGGAGAAACAUGCCAAUGCCACCUUAACACAUCAAGUCAGCAGCAUCGAGGUUGAGAUCAAGAAUGUUCUGUCCAAGCUUCAGAAGACCAACGUCCAGGGUGACGCUGUGAUUGUCCAUGCCAAGGUCAACCUGCUCGUUGAGCUGCUGAGUCUGUUGAUUUUGAAGGUAGAGGCUGAAAUCAAGUCCGGUGCUAUCCACAACCGUGGUGUGCAUGCAGACGUUGAAGUUCAUGAGCUCACCCUGAAGCUUGCUAAGCUUCUCACCAUCAAGGCUGGCAUCAACACUGGGAAUCUCAAGAGUACCAACGCAAGUGCCAACGUCGAUAUCGAGAUUCACAGCGUCCUUGUGAAAGUGCUUGGUCUCUUGAGAGUAGAGGCUAAUGGUAAUGCCAAGGCUGUUGUCUCGCACAACCACACCAUCAGUGGAGGUGUGAGCUCGGAGGACAGCAAGAUUGAACUUCUCGGGGGUCUGCUAAAGGUUCUUGCCAAAGCUGAUGUCGAUAUCAAGGCCAAGGUCGACGCUGAUAUUCACGCCAAGGCUUAG